ACAUCGUGAUUAGUAUUUUUAAUAGGAAUAUUUUGUGCUUUUGUAUAGUAAUAAUGCGGCUUAAAUAUUCCAAAACAUUAUUGGAAGCUCAGGAAAAUGAGAGUCCAAUCGCGGAUAUAACAUGGUCCCCAAAUAACGUAAAGCUGGCUGUUGCCACCUGUGAGCGGGUCGUACUGCUGUUUGACCGCGAGGGCGUGCGGCGCGACAAAUUCAGCACGAAGCCCGCCGACCCGCAGGCCGGGAAGAAGUCCUACGUCAUCACUGGGAUAACGUUCAGUGACAACUCCGAGCUACUGGGCGUGGCGCAGAGCGACAGCAUGGUGUUCGUGUACCGCGUGGGCGCGGACUGGAGCGGCAAGAAGGUCAUCUGCAACAAGUUCCCGCUCACCGCCGCGCCCAUGAAGCUGCUGCCGGCUGAUAAUGGCUUCUUUACCGGCACUGCUGACGGGAAAAUUAGGUCCCUGGACUGCAAGAGCAACAAGAGCUCCAGCCUGUGGACGGCCGCGUCGUGCUGCGUAUCGCUGGCGCGCGGCGGCGAGGGCAUGCUGGUGUCGGGACACGUGGACGGGACGCUGUAUCUCAACGGGCGGCUGCUGCUGCGGUAUGCGCUGCCGCCUACAGCUCUUGUGCUUCUACCGCCUUAUCUCAUAGUGGGAGCGUGCGACGGGCGCGUGAGCGUGUACGAGGCGCAGCGCGGCGCGCUCGUGCGCAGCGUGGAGCCGGCGCUGCCGCCCGACGCGCGCGACCUCGUCUGCGCCGCGCCCAGCCCUUCCGGACAGACGGUGGCAUUCGGCGUGUUCGACGGCUGCCUAGUGGGCGAGCUGAAGGAGUCGGGCGGGCUGGAGCUGGCGACGCUGCAGAUGCCGCACUUGCACGCGGCGCGCGCGCUGGCCUGGAGCGGAGACGGCACCAAGCUGGCGCUCGCCUCGCAGGCCGGCGCCGUUAUACAGCUCGAAGCUGUACUAAGACGUUGGGUAUGGCGAGAUUCAGUCGAAGUGCAGCAUGUAAGCUCCAAGCAGCUAGUUCUCACUCGGCUGGCUAACGAUGCUCCUCCACUCACCGUUACCACUAAGCAAGCCCCCGAUAUAUUUAACGUUAGGUUCAUAGGUAACGACUGGUACGCAGUGUGCAGGACAGCCUCCACGUUGAUACUUUGUGACAUAGCUCACGGUUUGACGAGUGAGAUCCCGUGGGCGGGCGGCGGCGAGCGCGUGUACGCAGCGGUGGGCGGCGCGUGCCUGCUGCACCGCGCCGGCGAGCUCAGCGUCGUCGAGUACGGCCUGGAUCGGGUGCUGCACACGGUGCGCACAGAGCGCGUGAACCCGCACGUGCUAAGCGUUCGUAUCAACGAGGGCGGCGACACGCGUAAGCACCUUGCCUACCUGCUGGACCGCCAGACCAUCGCCGUGGUUGACCUUACUACUGGUGUCCAACUGGGUCAAUGGUGGCACGAAGCGCGCGUGGAUUGGCUAGAGCUAAACGAGACCGGCCAGCUACUGUUAUUGCGGGAUACGCGCAGAAGGCUUGCGCUGUUGCGGCUUGAAACUGGAGAUAAGGAAAUUAUAGCAAGUGGGGUGGGUUUCGUGCAGUGGAUAGAAAACUGCGACGCGGUUGUGGCGCAAACUCCCACACAUCUGCUGAUUUGGUACAGUGUAUGGGAAGCAGAUAGCGCAGAGAUGGCUGAAUGUAGCGGCGGCGUAGCGGUGGAAGUUAAUGCACGUCGCGUACUAUUCGAGGGCGGACAAGUGCCGUACUUGCAAUUGGAUGAACAUCGUCUAGCAUUCAAUAACGCGUUGCGUAGUGGUGAUCUGGCUGGGUGUGCAAAAUAUCUAGACGGUGUUGGAAACAAUGCCGACGUGGCAUCGUUGUGGAGGCAGUUAGCUGAACGGGCUCUGGCUACUGAUGACAUUCAACUAGCAGCAAAAUGUUACCGAGAAGUAGGCGACGAAGCACGAAUGUUCUAUCUGGACAAGACUGUAGAAUUAGCCGCAUCAGUUGGCGAUGGUGAUGUGGCUGCAGGAUUAAACGUAGCCACAGUGCGCGCUCGCCUCUCCAUAUUCGCGGGAGACCUACCGUCUGCGGAGGAGUGGUACGUGAAGAAAGCCGGGAAGCCAGAGCUAGCUAUCGACAUGUACAAGCAGUUUAACCGGUGGGCCGAGGCCGUGGCUCUGGCCGAGAAGACUGAUCGCGCUGCUGUGGCGAUGCUGAAACAGCAGCAUAUGGACUACUUGACUUCUACUGGUCGUCUAGGCGAAGCUGGGGCAGCACUAGCCUCAUCAGGAGACGUGCAAGGCGCGGUACGGCUAUGGCUGCGCGGCGGGCGCGCGCGAAGAGCCGCUGCGCUGUUGCUGCAACAUGCUUCGCUGCUGCGGGAUACGGAACUGGUGGACGCUGUGCAUACGCAGCUUGUACAGGAAGAAUGGUGGGAGAUGGCCGGAGAAAUAUCAGAGAGAAGAGGAGACAGCCGAACUGCUGUUGAAUAUUACGCCAAAGGGAACAACUUCGCCAGAGCUGUUCAACUUGCUAGAGAGGCUUGUCCAGCUGAGGUGACUAGCUUGGAAGGUAUGUGGGGCUCCUGGUUGGUGAGUUCCCGCCAGGCGGGCGCUGCGGUCCCGCAUCUGAUCGAAGCUGGAGACACAAGAGGUGCUUUAGCUGCGGCGCUGAAAGCACAUCACUAUAGGAAGGCUUUACAGAUUGUUCAGGUUAUCGAAGACAAGGAAUCCAUUCGUGAGCAAUGUGAACAACUGGGCGAUCAUUUCAUAUCAACACAAGAAUGGGAGACCGCAGAACGAAUAUUAAGUUCAUGUGGGAUGGCAGAGCGCUGCGUACGCGCAUACAACACUGCAGGUCGUGUGGCCGACGGGUUACGGCUCGCGGCUCAACAUCUAACGGAAGAAGAAACCAGGGAUAUUUAUUUGCCACUAGCCCAGCAAAUGAGAGAGGAUGGCCAACUGCGGAAAGCGGAACAGAUAUACAUCGGGCUUGGGGAGCCUGAUGAGGCCAUUUCUAUGUAUAAGGAAGCAUCCCAAUACGAAGCCAUGUUGCGAUUGGUCGCGGCGCAUCGCAGUUCCUUGCUUGAGGCCACGAGGAGACACGUGGCGCAGGCGUUGCAUGCGUCAGGUGACCUAAGGGCCGCUGAGAACUACUACAUACAAGCUGGCGAUUGGAAGGCAGCAAUUCAAAUGUACCGUUCAGCGGGACAGUGGGAAGGAGCGGAGAGAGUGGCGCGAGCGCAUGCCCCAAGUAGUGUGCAACAACAAGUUGCAUUGCAAUGGGCCGGAGCACUGGGUGGCGCUCCUGCUGCGAGGCUGUUAGCUGCCAGGGGGCUGGCUGCCUUGGGAGCGCGGUGGGCUUUGCAGGCACAAAGAUGGGACAUCGCACUGGAGCUGAGCGAGUUGGGCGGCGGGGUGACCAAACGUGAGGUGGCACGGCAUGAGGCAGCGGCACUAGCAGACGAACAACCGGAGGCGGCCGAGGCGGCCUUUCUGCGCGCCGCUGCGCCUGAUGACGCUGUACGCAUGUGGCUGGCGAGAGGACAGCACCAGCGGGCUUUGGUGCUGGCUGAGCAGCACGCCUCGCAUAUGGUGGAAGAAGUGUUGGUUGAAGGAGCGCGCGCCGCCGCCGAGCGCGGCGACCUGGCGCAGUUCGAGACGCUCAUGAUACGCGCCAACCGCCCGCGGGAGGUCGUCCAGCACUACAAGGAUCUUGAACUAUGGGAUGAGGCGUCACGAGUGUCUCGUGAGUACCUUCCCGACGGAGGAGAGCCAGUGCCGUCUUCAGUGCCGCCGUUGUUGCAACGGGCCGCUGAUCAUGCUGACAGAGGUGAAUGGUGGGAAGCAGUGGAACUGUUAAUCAGCGCGAGCGCAGCGGGCGCCAACGGCGGGGCCGCUCGAUUGGCGGAGCGAGCGGCCCUUCGCGCGGCGCGUCUGGCACGGGAUCACUUGCACGAUCAGAGGAGACGGGCUGCGGCCGAGAUGCUGUAUGAGAGAUUCGCUGCAAUUGGUCAAAGUGACAUUGGAGAGCAGCUAAGGGCUGCACUAACGGACGGUUACAGCGGGGACGAAGAAGCAGCAGGUCCAUCGAAUGAGUACCAGGAGGAGGAAGAGGUGACCGUGACUCAAGUGCGAGAGACCUCCGAAGACGCCGAGGGCGCCGCAUUGGAGCGACUAGCGCGCGCCGGGCACUGGCAGCGCUGCCUGGCGCACGCCGGGCCCCGCGCGCCGCACUACGCGCUGCGGUACGCCGUGCAUCUGUUCAAGGCGCACCCCCGUAUGGAAGGCAUCGACAUCGAAAGCGAAGACGUUCCCGAAGCGCUGUCACAAGUGCUAGAGGUGCUCCGCCAGUACCUCGUAGGCGACGCGGGCCCCGAUACAGUGGUAUCGAGCGCGGACACGGCCCUGGCGCGCGGCGUGUGCGGCGAGCUGUUAGCACGCGCAUCGUGUGCGCCCCGCGCGCUGCGGGCGCUGCAAGACACCGCCAAUGUGUUACGCGCUGCUGGCGCCGACGAUAGGGCGAUGCAGGCGAUAACGCUACUGAUGGCGCUGCACGUGGCGCAGGUGGCGGGGCGGGCGGCGCGCGCGCUGCCGCGCUACUCCGACAUCGUCGUCGCCGACGUCGCGUAUUAUGCGAGUGGAGUGGCGAUUCGCGCUGAAGGCAGCGGUGGGUCACGAGAGGCUUUCGUGCUUCUGAACCGCUGUCUCGACCUGGCUGAAGCUGCAGACGAAGAUUCGGCUCAUAUGCUCGAUUACACCGACUUUGAGUGCACAGAUUGGUCCCGUACACCUCUUCUGUUGGAAAGCGCGUGUGUGCGCGGCGCGCCUUUGGACGACAUUCGCGAAUGGGUACUUGCUGUUUCUAUGGACCAAGCCGUUGAACAGACGCUGCCGGUGGAUUCGCGCGGCCAGUACGGCGCGGCGUUGGGCGCGGGCGAAGCGUGUUGCGUUCUCACCGGGUACCCAUUGGGAUCUCGCCUCGUCACAUUUACCAACGGUCGCUGCGCGAACCGCGAGUGGUGGUCGCGCUGCGCGGCGGCGGCACGCGGCGGCGGCGCGGCGCAGGCGCUCGUCUCGCACAUCACCGACUGGUGCGGGCCCGCCGACUUUGCGCAACUCUAAUCAACAUCGAACGCUAACAAAAUCAAUUGAGUGCAUUGUAGCAUUUGUAGCUAUACACCUAAGCUAUCAAAAU